AUGAUGGACUAUGACUCUGAACGCAGGUGUGAUGCGCCCACGCGAGAACUCGUCCUGUGUUUCGAUGGCACGGGAAACACUUUUCGCGCAGACGGCGGCGAGAGUAACAUCCUCAAGAUCUUUCGAAUGCUAGAUCGGACCAAGGAAAAUAGAUACUGCUACUACCAACCUGGCAUUGGAUCAGACAUAACGCCCGGCUCGGUCGCUCACGCCGUCCUCCGCCCCAGCGGCAACCUUUGGACUCGAAAGGCCUUUGACCUUGCCCUUGCGACCUCGUUCGAUCAGCACGUCAUUCGAGGCUACCGCUUCCUGGCGCGCCGAUGGGUACCCGGCGCUAAAAUCUACCUCUUUGGCUUCUCUCGAGGCGCCUACACAGCGCGAUUCCUCAACGAGAUGCUCGAUUAUAUAGGCCUCCUCUCCGCGGACAACGAGGAACUGAUUCCCUUCGUCUGGGAGGCGUUCACGCAGUGGAAAUUCUCCGAGGGCGAGGAUAAAGAGGAACGUUUGAGUGCAAUGCGAUGCUUGAGCGUGAGUCGGGAGACGAUGUGUCGACCCGUCGGGCAAGUCCACUUCUUGGGCUUGUUCGAUACUGUCAACAGUGUGGCCGAGUUUAACAAGGAAAGUAGCACAAGGCCCAGCCCGAGAAUUAUGAGACACGCCGUCAGUAUUGAUGAGCGGAGGAUCAAGUUCCAGCCAGUACUCUUCGAGAGCAACCUUGGUACGGGAUCACUGAAGAGGAAGCAAAGCGUUAAGGAGUGGAAGAGAGGGGCCGAAAACAUCUACGACUCUGACAAUGACAGUGAUCCUGCAGAGCUCGAGGCUGACUUUGAGGAAGUGUACUUCGCCGGAAACCAUGGCGACGUUGGGGGAGGCUGGCCGAGCAAGUCCUGGCCCACGAGCCAUAUCCCUUUGACCUGGAUGGUCCAGGAAGCCAUCAGGGCCGGGCUGACGUUCGAAAGUCCAAAGCUUGAGGCGCUCGGCUGCCAAGAUCCAGCCAAAAGUGAAAAGAACCAGGACAUCGUACGCCAGGCUGAACGCGCUCGGAUCCACGAUUCCCUGGACUAUGAUAGUGGUAGAGGAACCGAGACUUUCUUCUGGAGACUGCUGGAGUGGUUCCCCUUCAAAAGACCAAAGAUCACGCCGGAUGGUUCGGUCCGUAUGACUCGAUGGCAGACAAGAGGUUCGCGGCGGCCGCUUCCCAAAGAUGCCAAAAUUCACGGCAGUGUCAUUCGACGGUUGCGAGCCGACCCAGGGUACCGACCGUACAACCUGGGACUUGGCAACAAGCCAAAUGAGAUGGACAAGGCGGAAGAAGACCGGGAAAUUGGAGAAUGGAGGCAGAUUGAGAACGACGGCCUGCGUGACUAUUGGGUCAGAUGCGGGUGA